GGUCUCCUGGGGGCUUUCGGGGGAACCCCCGCUCCAGGAUUUUGAGUUGGGGGCUGAAACUCGGAGGGGAGUCGUACCGCCGCGGGAACGGAAGGCGCUUAGGACCCAGGAGCUCCGGGGACCGACUCCCCGCCCAGCCGGAGGCCCGGGAGCUCCCGCCCCUCGGGGCUAGGUAGGCUCAGAUGUCCCGGUGAGCAGGGCCGUGGGCUCCGUCCGUCCGCUUCGUCCUGCCGCAGCCGGGGCCGGAGGGCGCCCAUGCCCGAGUCCUAGCCGCCCGGGGGACUCCCUCUCCUCCCUAGGGACGCCCCCCGCCCCCCGAGGGCUCGCCCGCCGCCACGAUGAACGACCAGUACCACCGGGCGGCCCGGGACGGCUACCUGGACCUGCUCAAGGAGGCCACCAGGAAGGAGCUGAACGCGCCCGACGAGGAUGGGAUGACCCCGACCCUCUGGGCGGCCUAUCAUGGCCACCUGGAGUCCCUGCGCCUCAUCAUCAGCAGGGGGGGCGACCCGGACAAGUGCGACAUCUGGGGGAACACGCCCCUGCACCUGGCAGGCUCCAACGGCCACCUGCACUGCCUGUCCUUCCUGGUAUCCUUCGGGGCCAACAUCUGGUGCCUGGACAACGACUACCACACGCCGCUGGACAUGGCGGCGGUGAAGGGCCACAUGGAGUGCGUGCGCUACCUGGACUCCAUCGCGGCCAAGCAGAGCAGCCUCAACCCCAAGCUGGUGGGCAAGCUGAAGGAACGGGCCUUCCGGGAGGCCGAGCGGCGCGUCAAGGACUGCGCCAAGCUGCAGCGCAAGCACCAGGAGCGCCUGGAGCGGCGCUACCGGAGGGAGCUGGCUGAUGCCGACGCCCUCAGCUUCUCCAGCUUGACCUCCAGCACGCUGAGCGGCCGCCUGCAGCGCCUGGCCCUGGCCGCCGCCCCGCAGCCGCCCUACUCCCAGGCCACCCUGCACGGCCCGCCCAGGGGCAAGGCCCAGGGCCCACGGCGGCUGGUACGCCGGCGCCCGGCCCCCGAGGGCACCUUCAAGGUGUCGGAGGGCGGGCGCAAGAGCGUGCGCUCGCUGUCGGGAUUGCAGCUGGGCAGCGAUGUCAUGUUCGUGCGGCCUGGUUCCCUGGGCGGACCCCCGGACUGGGGCCGGGCCCCACUCGGGGACGCCUCCCUCUCGGACGACGACGGUGACUGGCGGGCCACCCCAGAGCCGGGCCCGCCGGCCGAGCCGGCGCACUCGGAGGUCAGCACCGACUCGGGCCACGACUCGCUCUUCACUCGGCCGGGCCUGGGCACCAUGGUCUUCCGGCGGAACUACGCGAGCGGCGGCCCCUUCGGGCUGGGCCGGGCCGGCCAGGGCGGCGGGGGCAGCCUGGACGGGGCCGGCCUGGGCACGCUGAGGUCCAGGCUGCGGCGGGCUCCCAGCGCCCGCGACCCCGACGACGACGCCAGCAUCGGCAGUGCCAACAGCCUGCGGGAGCGCGGCCUGGACGAGCUGCCCUGGGACGAGCUGGACCUGGGCCUGGACGAGGACCUGGAGCCCGAGACCAGCCCGCUCGAGACCUUCCUGGCCUCCCUGCACAUGGGCGAGUUCGUGCCCGUGCUGCGCCGCGAGAAGAUCGACCUGGAGGCCCUCAUGCUCUGCUCGGACCUCGACCUCCGCAGCGUCAGCGUCCCCCUGGGGCCGCGCAAGAAGAUUGUGGACGCCGUCCAGCGGCGGCUCCUGGCGCUCGAGCGGCCCCGCGCCCUGGAGGACACGGAGCUGUGAGCGCGGACCCUCCCUGCCCGCCCCGGCCCUGGCCUUGGGGGUCAGGCCAUCGGGGGGCCGGGGUGGAGAGGGCCACAGCUGGGCCCGUCGGGCCAGCGGAUCCCCGACGGUGGGCCCGGGGCCUGGACCCUACCUCCACCUGCCCUCCAUUUGUGCCAUCCGCACCCUCCGCCGCCCCUCACCUAGUGGCCGGGACCCCCGGGGUGGUCCCGGCAGCAGAGAGGCACCUGCUGAUGAUCCCCUGCAUCCAGGAGACACUCACCCAGCCACCCGAGGGCUCGUACAUUUUAACGAGCCGGUCGCAGUCAUCCACAUAAAUAUUCAUAAGCGACCCUGGCGCGGGUGCGCGCAAGCACGCUCGCUCCUCUCUCGAGUUGGAAAACUCGAACCCAAAUGAAUUCCAAGUUGCCAGAAACCUGUGUGCGUAACAGGGAGGGGUGGGGACGCACUCCGGUGCCCCUCUGCCUCCCACCAGGCCCUCCGCGUGAAGGGCCUGGAAGGGUCAAAGAGUUGGCCUUGGGCUGCUCUGAGCCCCCGGGGCCUGGUUGCCGGUUCACUCAGGGAGAGAGGAAGCCCGGUCUGCCUACUGAGCCUCUUCCCUCUUGGGGUUCGGGGUGGGGGGAACAUUGGCAGGGCCCUCCGCUUAGUAGACCCCCCGAAUCCUCAGCCAAAACGUUCUCACGCCUUCCAUCUCGCAGCCCCGUCCUGCCCCUGCCGUGGCCACGCCAGCAGGGAGGGUGCCAGCCUGCGUGCGCUCCCGGCUCCUCUGCCUUGGCCGCGCACUCCUGGUGGAUUCCACACCAGCCCCCACACACAUCCCACCUCGCCCCGGGACCAGUUGAGGAUGGCCCGCGUGCCGGUGAAAGGGAGUCUGGGAAAAGGGCUCUUUUUCAGCCAAACCUUUUUGGAGUCAGUGGGAGUAGAGAGGAAGGGCUUUUCUUCCAAACAUGUCCCCGGGGCUGCACCCCAGAGCACGUGGGAACAGUUUCACCCCAAAGUAGAAUAAAAUACUUUCAGGGCCUCCAGACAGUGGGUUUCCCGCAGGCGUCUCGGGUAGGACGCUGUUGGGGGUUCCGCCGUGCCGUGUGGGGAGAGACUGCCCAGGCGGACUGGGGAGUGCCUGAACGUGGGUAUCCCUCCCCACGGGGUUCUGUGAGAACGCCCUCUCCCGCUGCACCUUCGUGUCCCGGGCGGAAAGAGUGGACUGGCGCUCAGUGGAGGCUCGAGUGGUCGAUUAGAAGCGGCUUUUAGCCUCAGAACCUGGAGCAUCUACCGAUCUUUUGGUGGACCUCAGGUAGAGUUCGGUGCUAGGGUAACUUGACUCAGCGUCCCGGGCCUAGACCCCAGGUAGGCGUCCCCGUCCCCCGUCCCCACCCCGGCCGGCGGCUGUGGGUCAGCCUGCUUCCGGUCCUCAGGUUGGCAGGACGGCCCAGGACAAGCAGAGCAGCGGGUGUAAGCUCUCUGCCCUGCACAAGCGACGAGGGGGCGGUAGUCACACAAGGGGGCCCAGAGACAUGGAAAUACAGACACAGACAUGCACACACGCUCUCACGCCCACCUCCUGUGCCACCCGGGACCUCCCCCUCCCCCACCAUGCCCCUCCCACUCCCUAGUCUCAAGAGCCCCUUUCUCUCCAACGAGUCUUGCCACAUCUCCCAGGGUUACCUGGAUCGGGACCCUCUCCCGGGACCGGUGAGAUUGCGGGGUGGAGGGGCGCGAGAGGGAAAAGCUACCUCCCUGGGCCCGGAGGAGACCCUGAGGCUGAAGCUGGAGCAAGGCCCCAGAAUCCCCUGGAGCAUAUGGUCUUUGCCAACCAUACUGGCCUCGGGUGUCUCUCUUGGGGGGUGGGGCGUGGUCUAGAAAGGUCUGUGAAGGAUCCCCACUCCUGAGCCCCUUGGCCAGGGGAAGCUCAGUUGUGGCCCUGCCCAUCUGCCCCGGAAGCCUGGGGAAUCGGGGCAGUUCCUGGACUCUCCAGUCCAGUCGCCUUCAUCACGUCCACCUCCUCCUCCUCCUGUCCCCUGCGGCCUGCACCACUCCUGCUCCAGAGUUGCUGGGGAGACCAGUGGGACGGGGGCAGACAGAGUCUGUUUUGUCCUCGUCGUGCAGACCCCUCCCUCCCCAACCUCAAUACAGUUUUUUACAACCCCUCA